GCGAAGCGCAGCGGCGGCGCUUGGGCCCGCCGGGCUGCCGUCGCGGGGGUGGGGUGGGGAGGCGGGGCCGCAGCGGCAGGCAUGGCGGCGUCCGUCGUCCCGGAAAGUGACAGCAUCCGCAGGGCCGUGUCGCUGCUGAACGCCAUGGACCCGGGCCGGUUCCCGCGGCUCCUCUCCCGCCUUCUCCAGAAGCUGCACCUGAAGGCUGAAAGUAUCUUCAGUGAAGAGGAGGAAGAAAAACUUCAAAUAGCUUUUUCAUUGGAAAAGCAGGAUCUUCAUCUAGUUCUUGAAACUAUAUCAUUCAUUUUGGAACAGGCAGUCUAUCAUAAUUUGAAACCUGGUUCAUUGCAACAACAGCUGCAAAACAUUCACCUGGAUCAAGACAAAGCUGAAACAUUUGCCAGUGCAUGGGCGGCUGCAGGUCAAGAUACGAUCGAAAAGUUCAGGCAGAGGGUUUUGACCCCUCAGAAGCUCGAAACAAUUGGAUGGCAGCUUAAUCUUCAAAUGGCAGAGUCCGUGCAAGCGAAGCUGAAGUCUCCUCAAGCUGUGCUAGAGCUGGGAGUGAGCGACGAAGAUUCAAAGGAAAGACACAAAACGCUGUUGCAGAGGAGCUUUUGCGGGCUGUCUCAUUAGGGGGCAGUAGUGCUCUUUGUCACACUGGCUCUGAAUGCUUUUUUGAGAUGCUACUCGGAAUCAAUUUUGAUGAUGUGGGGAGUGUUAAGUGUUUACACUUCUAAUCUGUAUAUAACAAUAGAAGUUUGUCUUGCUCAUCUGCAAAACUAAAGCCUAUUAAUUAAAAAAACCCCAUACUGAGCAAGGUAAAUGAAAUUGGCCAUUAUUUCUGCUUUUGCUAACUAAAAGUAAUUGUACUAGUACAUUAAUGUUUACUACAACUCACUCCACUUAAAGAUCAUUUAAACAGUUCUUUGUCAGAAGCAGACAUUGAAAAUUAGUAUUUAAAUUAUCUCUCCAGGAGAAGUGAUCAGAAAACCUGUGGAUAUAUAAAUGUUAUUGGUGUUUCGUGAAAUAGAAAGUCAGAGAAUCUGCUACAUGCUAUAUAAAUAUUUAUAGGGUAUAUUCUGUCAGCUUCAGAUGAAAUGCAGAGUCCCAUAGGUAUUACACCAUGAAAAUUCAAAAGUAAGGUGGCCUUUGAUUCUUUCAGGUGAUUCAAGCUGCUAAUGACAUUUGCAUUGCCCAGUAAAUAAUGCUGCUUAUGACUAGGAGUAAUUGUGAUCAGAUGACAUGAUUUUUGGUAAACUGUUUUUUCCUGGGUUUUGUUACAAAUUUGCCGUUUGCUUAUACUCAGACUUUGAAUUAUGCUUGAUUUCAAUCUAAACAAAUAUUUUGCAUAUGCCAUGAAAAGUUUUUCACCAUGGGGGUGAUUAAGUACAGGAAUGAGUUACCCGGAGAGGUUGCAGAGUUGCCAGCCUUGACAGGAGUCAAUGGGACAAGUCCCUGAGUAUCCUGACUAAGCAUGGAGUUAGCUGUGCUGUGAGCAGGCUGGGGGAUCAGGUGGGCUGCCAAACCCUGCCUUCCAGCCCAAGUUGUCCUGUGAUCUAGGCUGCUUUGCAGCUUGGUUGCUGCUUGUGUUUUGUAUGAGGAGGAGAAAAAAGGAGCUUUCAAUUAAAAAUCCAAUUAACAGUGGCUUCUUACAAUGAUUCAGAAUUUGAAAUGUUUAAUUGCAUUUUUAAAUCUGAGGGAAGUGGAAUUUCUAUCAACUAGGCACACAAAACAAGCUGGUAUGAUAGAAAACAUCUUUUUGAACUGCAAGAUCCUUUUGCUUCCAUUCUGACAUUUUAACGAGCUAAGGUGACAUUUAGAACUGAUGUGUAAGAUACCAGCUGUGUGUGAGGGUUUUCUUUAAUAAUAUAAUUUGGUUUCAGAUUUUUUGGGCUGUUGAGUUGCAACACAGCAAUCUGGGGAUUUUUUAGAUUUAUUAUUUUUAUGGCUAUAGGGUGAAUUAACCAGUAGAGGGAGCACAAAUUAACAAUCCUGAUAAUCUGUGCUGCUAAUUAUGAUUUUGAUUUGCAAAGAAAGAUUGAUCCCAAAAACGUGCUGUGUUUAUUUAGUAUCUGUUUCCUUCAGUAAUUUAUUUAAUAAUUAUCCACAUAGGCACACACUUGCACGUUCUUUCUCACUGUUAAUAGCAGUAACUCCUUAGGCCGCCUAGUCCAUACCUUUCUAAACAACUGUGAUCAUAUUCUAUAACCAUAGGAGCCAUAUUAAAAAAAAAUAAAAUUGUGGUAAUGGCCGUAGAAAAGGUCUGAGGGCUUCAGAAAUUUCACAUCAUUGAUGCUGAAUAUUCUU